AAUGAUAUGUUUACAAAGUUAAAGGAUGAAAUUCAAAUAGCAUAUAUCACAAAUGAUAUCAGGAGUGUCAAGAUGUAUAUUUUGCGAUAGAAGCAACGUGUGGUCGAGAAUGACUUGGAGAUCUCUGAAGCAUUCACAUUGAAAGUGUUGGAUAUCUUUGAUUUUGUACUGAAUAUGAUGAACUAUCGUAACUGGACAAGCAAUACCUUGACAGAAGAAGAUUUUAGCUUCUAUUGGAAAUACGUACUUGAGGCUAUCUUUAGAGAGAGCCCUAUCGUUCUUAAAAGAGGUGAAUCGUACAGCAUGUCUAGUAAAUCAGAAAGACAGAUUAAUGAAUACGAAUAUGGUGAAUCUUCAAAAUCGAUUUAUGGCCGUAAGAUUGAUUUGAUAUUUGCUGCUCCUGUUGUAAACAAUGCCCUUCAAGAGGAACUAAUCGAGCUUGGCGCCUUAGAAAUUAGACCAGCUUCUGUUUCUGAAAGUGUGGAAGCAGUCCAAUUAAACAAAAAUAUCAGAGUCAACAAGAGUAUAUUUCACAACAUUCAUUUUUACGUUGGUAACUAUUUCAUUGACGGUCUAUGUAUGCUUGGUGUUGAUGUCCUUGGUCUCUCUGCGUACAUUUACAAAGUUAAACAAUUUGAGGAUAUCACAACAGCAUGUAAAGUGUCUAAAGAGAGCAUUUUCUUUACCUGCUGAUGAGGAUGGUUUCGAAGAUUCUAUCUUUGGAGAUUCUCUUGAUCAACUGCUUAAUUACUUGGACACAAUCGAAACAAUGUAUAUUAAAGUUAAAAAAUCAUCCAAGAAGUUCAAACGUUUUUAAGUUUCAAGCAAGAGUUCUGGUACCGCUGUUUCUAUGUUACAAUCCCCACUUAGACCAGAAUGUCCCUUUCCCUCAAGUAAUUUUUUUACUCCAAAAAGAUCUCAAAAGAAGAAUGCC